AUGGCACAGAUACCUAUUUCAUUUUUCGACAAUGAUACAAAAACAAUGCUGAAUUCUUUGAAUAUCCGAUUAAACGAUAUAGAUUUGAAAUUGAGUAUUGUUAUUGAACUUCUUGCAAGAAGACUUCCAGAUCAACGGUAAACUUCAGAAUGAGAAUUCCACUAAUUUGUUCUAUGUUUCAGAUUAACUUCUAUAUUCACAUCACCCCCGCAGACUGUUAUAUCAGAAGCUCCUCCACAAUCUUUCACACCUUCUGCAACAAAUUCAACAUCAGAGAAGACAAGCUCAUUGAAGGUUUCUAGUUAUUUCUUGGCUCGAUUCCAAUUUUUGAAUAUUUUCAGACUGAACUGAAAGAAGAUUCUGAUGGUGAUUUGGAUAUGGAAGGUGAAGAAGACACUGAAGAAAUGUUUGAAAAUGAAAGUCAGCCAAGUAAUCGGAAUGCUUCACCGAAAGAGACAGAGGUAACUUUUAGCUACAUAGAUCUUUAUUUUUUAAAUUUUUCCAGGAUGAGAAAACCUUGCAAGAUGGUCCAUUUCCAGAAGGAGCUGUAAAACGAGCAGCCGAAAAAGCAGCGCGAAGUUUUCAAAGCACUCAACCAAAGGUAUGUCUCAUCACAAUUUCGAAACGUAUAUGUAAAAGUACAUUUUUUUGUGUGUGUCUCUCAAAAAAAAACUGCAGUCAUUUUUUGUCGUCUAAAUCGUUUUAAAUUGAUGUUAUCUUGGCGCGACGGGCGCUCACAGGCGGGUGGAAAAAAAAGAGAAAUGAGGCAAGGCGAACGCGUACACAGCCAGCCAUUUUUUGUGUGAGUGAGUGUGUGUGUGAAACGUUCAAAUGUUGCGCCAACCAUUUUUUAUGGCCAUUGUGUGAGGGUGACCUCAAGAUAAAGUGUGCGAAAAAAAACGUUGAGGGGUUUCGAAAAAAACACCAACCAAAACAUGUUGUUUUCACAAAAAUCUAUUUUUGUGCAAUAAAAAAAACAUAUUGAAUUUUAUUUUUUGUUUGAUCAACAAUGGCACCCCUAACCUUAUUUAUUGACAUUGAUAUAUAGAUUUUUCAAGAGUGACUCUUCCAGUCAGUCUAGAAUUUUUUUUUGUCACAACAACAAUGUGUUGAGAGAAAGCGAGAGAAAAGGGCAUUAUACAGUAUAUCCGUUUUUGAACACGCGACAAAAUCGUUUCUACAUGACAUGUCGAACGGUCGGUCUUCAUUCAGGCAGGCUGAAUAAGUUGGGGUUGGUUGAUGAUUGAUAACAAGGAAUCUGAUUCGAUUUGAUAUGUAGAUAAAAUACCAGUUUGAUCAACUCAAAGCGAAUCAAUCUUUAAAUUUCCCAAAAAAAAUUUCAAUUUUUUUUCAAAAUCUCGUAAUGUUAUUGCUCAAUGAGCACGUCAGACCAUAUUAUUUAUCGAAAAGCAAAUAUUUGUUAAACAAACGGUUACGAACCGGUAUCCUGUGAAAGCAGAAGACAAAUCAGAUGGAAAAAGUGAGAGAGGGAGAGAGAAGGAGAGAAAACUUUUGAUCAAUGGCAGAAACACGUCACGUCAUUUUGAUUUUGUUUGUAUUUAGCUUAAGUCUAGGGUUUUUCCGAAAUAUUUGACUUAAUGAGAAAAGUUUUCAUCUUUCUUGUAAAUUUCAAAAAUCCAAUAUUUUCGCGUACAGAUUGAACUUUUAUUUCUGAUUUGAGGCUUACGUAAAGUUUAGUCCAACUCAACAAAAAGGCUUUAAACUUGAAACUAGAACUUUUCAAUUAACCUAAUUUUUUUCUAUCAAAUCAAAUUCCAAAAAUUGCACUUUUGUCAUCACUUUUGAAAAAAACACGAUGAUUCACAUUAUUUUUGGUAGUUCAAAAACAAUUUUAUGUAUGUUGCCAAAAUCGAGAAAAGCAAAUAUUUGAUUGCAUAACUGUGUUGUUGGCAUAUUUCCAAGGUGCGGUUGCGGCGGCUCUGACCAGUCAGCUUUGGAGUGUGUGCAAGCAAAACAGUCAAACUAAACGAAACGAGGGGGAAACGAAACAAGACGAGACGAGACGAGUUGCUCCGUGUGUCAACAAAAAAUACUUCGCUCUACGGCGUGCCCGCGAGCAAGCGAUUGCGCAAUUAGCAUGUUGAACACAUAACAACAACAGCUGACUCCUCGGGUUACUGUACGUGUAAACCAGGAGGGGGGCCUAACAAUAUUUGUGUUGUUGUUGCCAUCCUUACUCCUAGAAUAAAUUGUCUAGUUGUUUGUCUGUCGUCCCGUGAAAACAACAACGUUUCAAAACCGGAAAAAAAUCCGAAUUUUUUUUUCGCCUGGUGUCGCAACGACACAAGAAGACAAAAACAACUCCUGGGGUCGAACAAUUUUUCUAUCAGUUUAAAAACAGGAUUCUUCCCUGUGUCAGCCCUAUUUUUUUUGUUGUUAUAUGUUGUUUUUGUUGAAAAAAAAAAAUUGGAGGGAGGAAGACUGUUUUUUUCCAUGGAAUGACAAAAAAGGGGGAAAAACUUUACAACAAAGAUGAAAAACAAAAUAAUAUAAAAAUUUGUUUCAGGUGUUUGCUUGGCAAAUUCUUCGCGAAUCAGUGACUGAUGAUGAACUUCGAAAUGUUCAAAUCUCCCUUCGCACAUUUCACGGCGAAACUGCUGAUCAUCUUCUAAGCCGACAGUUGCCAAAGGUAAGUACUGUAGUCACACAAAAAAAAACACUUGGCGGUUUUGUUUCGAAGGUCAGUGGAUUGAUUGAAACUUGUCGGGAGAAACAGAAACAAAGUGCAAACCCAGGGCAUUUAAAAUCAAUUGGAUUGAAUGGGCAGAAAAUGUGUAUAUCUUUAAAGACAAGGGAAAGAUAUUUUUCAAACUGAUUUCAUAAGAUUUUUUUCAGAUUCGUUUGGUUGUCGAAGCAACAAUGAGAUAUUUCAAAUGGGAUGUUUUAUCAACUGAAAGUCAAUUGAGCAAAGCUAAACUUAUUCUAAGUCAUUUGAAAAAUAAUGCCAAAGUUAGAAAUUGGACUCUCCGAGAAGGCCGGCCAAAUAGGUAAGAAGCAAAAAAUAUAUAUACCAAUUCUGAAAUAUUCUUUCCAGAGUUGCUCCAAGUACCCCUCCAAUGAGUAUGGAUAUGAUUUGGAAACACUAUGUUGCACUUCUAGGGCCUGCCGGUUUGGCAGCCGCUGGACUUCCACCAAAUCAACCGCUAUGUGGAAAUGGGACGCAAAGUCCAAGUAUCCCACAAAUUGAUCCAUCAUUGUUCAAAGUAGAGACUUCUUAA